GCGAAACCUGCAGACGAAUUUUCACACACAGAAAAGUGAGAACACGAAGCGUGCUUGCUUGAAAUCUGCUCCCCGAGUUUUUACAUAUCUUGACACGGUUUUAAUUUGAAAAAUGGAGUCUCAACUGAUGCAACUUUCCAUAUUCCUAGAGGAGUUGAAGAUGAAAAGGAACCAAGUGAAGCAAUUAGAUUCAGAACUGAGCCGUCUUAGUCUACGUCUUAUUGAAAAAGAAUCCGAGUUGCACGCCAAAACGUCUUACUGUCAUCAGCUUGAGUUAAAAUUAGCUAAAAGCCACCAAGACGUUAAGAAAAUUGGCGAAGAUUAUGGCGCUCGAUUGAAAGCCCAUCAGUUGGAAAGUAGUCGCCAGGAAGCGGCCAUCUUGGAUUACGCUGAGAAACUCCGUAAAGUUCAAAUGGAAAAGCAAUGCUUGGCGUUGAAAAUUGCUCACUUCGAGAAGGAAAUUAAAGAAGUUUACAGCCACGUUCGAACCGUUUUGGACAGCUUACCGAAACUCAACAACGAACAGGAAAAUCUCACCGAAUCCCUACGAGCCUUGGAGAACAAGCAAUUCAAAGUAAUCGAGACAUGCGAAAUGAUUCAAAUCUUUGCCGGUCGCGUUCAGAAGGAAGCCGAAGGAAAGUGGAAAAUGGCCCAAGAGACGCGUUGCAAUCGUGCCGAACUGGAGAAGAAACUUUGCGCUGCUGAAGCUCAACUCCGUGUGGGGGAAGGAGAACGGGGGAAAGACGACACCGCCGGCUUGUUGCGCAAACAAAAGGAAUCGUUAAACCACCAACUGGAAAUGUCUAAGAAACGAGAGGACAAAUUACGUGCGGAUCUCGGACGAGAGCGUGAAGAGAAACUCGUUCUACAGCGUAAGCACGAAGAGGUAUUAAAUGAGUUGGCUCACUACCUAUCCGAGCAGAAGGAGCAACCUAUCAGCCCAGCUUAACGGACGACAUUUUCAGAGUGAUUGAUAUCGGGGUUUAUUUGUCUCUCCUAGAAACGCUGUGCUGUGUGCACUCACAAGUAAGAUCCCUUUCUUCUUAAAAAUAGACGAGAAACCAUGACAGCCAAA